AUGGCCUACGAAAUCAAGGAUGCUCACGAGAAAGCAUGGCUCAGCGUCCGAGGCGAGAUAGGAACCAUCAUGGGGACGUUUUCGGAUGGUAGCAACAUUGAGAAACACAAAGCAAAGCACGAUCGGAAUUGGAAAAUCGCCAGCCAUGUUAUUACCGCAGUGGCAAUGCUUCUCUCUACCAUUAGCGUUUUCACAGUCGCUCUGGAGGCCACUGCAGACCUAACACUGGCCGAGACAACUGUCAAGGCAGUUCGCCUGGCCGGUGCUUCCGGAGGUCUCUUUGGCACCUCAGCUACAACGGCCCUCAACUUUGGGACAGAUAUGAUGGAGGGCAAGAAUUAUGUCUCCAAGACAACUAACAUGCUUCUGGAGAGCCAAAAAUCNAACCAGGACCGAAUAGUUGACAGAUUCGACGCAUUCAUGAUGGACCUACUUUCUGGUAAAAGCGACAAAGCCCUCAAAGACUCGCGCCUCGUUGAACUUGUCCAACAGGGUCGACACGCCAAUUCGAGUAGUGUCUCCACACCUGAAAUCAACCAGGCUCUUCGGCAACAAUGGGUCGCAUCUUACGUCUCAAGUAUCUGGAACCUUGAGGGAACCUACAUCGUCAUGGCAAAUACCAAGAACUGCGAGAGCGACUCCCGAGGAUACAAGGCUCUACGCGUUUGUCUAGAAGAAGCUCCCAAAUACGUGUUCUACACUUUCUCGAAAUCGGUUGUUCGAGAGGGGACAAACCACAAAGCAUUUAUUCGCGGGCCCAUUGGCCACGGAAAACUAAAGUCCCAUACUGGUUUUACGUUGAAAGAUGCCGUACGAGCUUCUUAUGUAUAUUCCAAACGCCAUGGCUAUAGUGCCAGCGCUGGAGCGCCCGAAUCGGAAGACAUGGUCGACAGCUUNUUUGGCCCGAAGUCACUCGAGGCAGGCGGCAGAGCCCAUGGAAUGUUCAAUAUCCCUAUUUUGUACUCUCCAGGAGGUCAAGCCAUCUCUUCUAUCAACUCCAGAGACAACCGCAACUAUCCUUGCAUGGGUGCAGCACUUCCAUGGUCGACGAANAAGCAGAACCACGACCUAUCUUUGCAAGCGAGAGGCGGUGAAAAGUGGACCGACAACGACUCCAAGACCAUGUUCCAAUUUCUGAAUGCCACGGGCUUCUACAGAUCGCAUGACUGGUGGGGUUAUUGCCAUGGCAAAGGAAANCACCACGGAAACCACUGCCGCGGCAACAAACACGUCAACUGGCAGGGUAAAUUUCCGAGUGAUCAGUACGAAAAGCUCCAGCAUCCUUUCCGCAAAUGCAAAGGUCGUGGGCACAAGUUCNNAGGGGGAUGUGAGAGGCCAAACAACAACGGCUAUGACAAGAACAGGCCCGGUGAUUGUGGUAGUAAGCACAUAAUGGCAGAGGGAUUUGUCGCAGAGGACGAACCUCAGUGGUUCAACGAGACAGCGCUCGAGCUUGAGGACAUGUCGGAGGACGAGGGGGACCUGUCUGAUUGGACUGACGGUGAGGAUGAGGGCGAGACUGAUGUCGAAGAUGAAGACGAUCUUCCUCCGCCUUCUCCUCGCGGCAAUGGGACCAGCAGCAUCGCUCACUUCCGCGCUUAG